ACAAAGACCUAUAGAAAUGUUUAUGCAAAACUACACUGGGAUUUCCGGGGAAUUCCCAACCUGAGUAUGAAGCCUGCAAAAAAGAAACAACAUUAAGAAGCAUGACCUACAUUUGAAAGUUUGAAAAAAAUACAUUUAAAGACUUUGGAGUAUAAAGAACAUUAAUUAAAUGAAAGAAGGCCUAAAUAUUGCAAUGUUAAGAAGCUUUUACAUAGUUAUAAUUCUUCUCUUGGGGAGUUUUGAGCCAGCGAAGGGAACUAAUGACCAAAGAAUAAAUGGUGAUAUACUGGCCGGCGAAUUAAACAGAGUGGCAGAUGCUGUAGGAAGGUCUUUUAUACAGGAAAUAUAUAAUAACAUGCAUUACAACGAUCAACUUCGAGAUGGACAAAGAUUAUCACAAGAUAUUUCCAAGAAAAUUGCUCAACGGAUGGAAAGUAUAAAAACUGCUUUAGUUGAUCUUAAAAAUACCAUGGAGGAUACAUAUGAGCAGAUGACCUCUAGUAUCAGGCACCAGGACUGCUGUGUGGACGGGACUUAUCAGAAAAACCUUCACUUCAGAACCAGGGUAUCGGUAGAUAGUUUUUGCUACAGUAAGCCAAGCUACGUAGAAAAUGCCAACAUAAAAUAUCCCACCAUGGAUAUACUGACUACAAUGAAAGACAACCAUCAAAAUAAUAAAAACCUCCAGUUUCAAUACAUUGCAUUUACUUCAGGACUAUUUAUUAAUUACCCGUCAACUAAGUUGACUGAUUGCAACUCGUUUGAUCCACGAAUCAGGCCAUACUUCGUGUCCAGUACAACCUCUAAACCAAGAGAUGUGGUGCUUGUCUUAGAUAUUUCCGCUUCUAUGAGCGGAGACAAAUUAAGAGAGACAAGAGAUGCCGCCAUAACUGUCAUGGAAACCCUUAGCGUUCAUGACAGGAUUGCUAUUGUAUUAUUUAACAACGUGGCAAGCAGUCCAAAUGAUUGUUACGAUGAACAACUUGUUCCAGUGACACGCACAACCAAAGAUGUGCUUAAAAAAUUCAUUACUUCAAAAGGAGCAGAAGGAGGGUCGAAUUAUGAAGUGGGUUUACGUAAAGCAUUCGGAUAUUUUAAAACCAACUCAACCGAACAGAAUGCGGCCAGAGAUAUGAUUAUUUUGUUUGUGACUGAUGGGACUAACAGUGGAGGCAACCCCCUUGAGGUUAUCAAGAACGAGAAUCAGAAAAUACAAAACAGAGUUGUCAUCAACACGUACGGAUUAGGAAAUAGUUUAAGCAGCCAAGUCAAAGAGCUGUUGGUGAAUAUGUCUAAACAGACAUUGCAUGACGAUUCAUAUGGUUACGUUACACCCGGGAAAUCCUACACCUUAACAGACGCCAUGUUGCCGUCCCUUCGGGAGGCUAUGGGAACCUAUUACGACUAUUCCAGCGUCUCCAUAUCUCAGACACCAACAUACACACAGCCCUAUAAAGAUUUCUUUAGUAAAGAGUUUGUGGUGACGGGUUGUCUCCCCAUUGGAAACAGAGGGACUUUUGUUGGGGUAGCUUGCGCUGAUAUUCUGCUCAGUGAGCUGGUAACAGAAAUUAUUUACCUUCAGCAAGGAGAAUUUUCUUAUGUUUUUAUCAUUGACGGCGCGGAAAGGACAUUGAUUCAUCCGCUUCUUCCAGAUCCUCGUGAUGUCAAUGCGACAGAGUAUGACGUCAAUAACAUCUUCAACUUUGAAAGAUCUGGAGAUGUCCAUGUAGUUAUAGAUUCCAUGAAAAGGGCUGAGACAGGACAAAGGAGCCUGUUGACUACUAUUUAUGAGACUAGAGGAGACAGAUUGUUGGAUGGCGAUUCCAAAAGGGAGCUUGAUGCUGUAUAUUACUGGGCUCCGAUCGUUGCUUCUGGGAGUAACUUAUCUCUUUGUUUGGUGAUGGCAAAAAACAACAGCCUAACGUCCUUGGCGUUCCAUUCUCGGCCAUCUGUCCAGAGCAAUGAUUUCGUGUACCAUCGUUGGGACCUAACAACCUGGCCCCAGCCCUUCUGCAGGCAUUUCAAUAGAUAUGCAACAAAAGCUAAAACAACAAUCAAGCUUACGCCAGACGCAUUCUUGGAUCCGUAUGAAUACACGUUUGUUGAAGAGACCGAGUCCAGGAUUAAGCAGUAUGAGGACUAUUUGUCUGGAAAAAUUACAACCAAUCCUGGUUUAAAGGUGGAGGCAAUCAAUUCUAUAAGAGUCACAUACCCCAUUGAAAGGUUUUGGAAGACUGUAUCUUAUCAAGAUGCUCCAUAUCUAGUUUGGCGAUACAUAAUGACUGAAGAUGGUGUCCAACGAAUUUAUCCAGGCGUCCGCCUUACCAAUGAUUAUGAUCACAAAAUUAGACCGUGGUACCGCCGAACAGUUGCACAGAAAUUGAUUAACGUGGUGUCUGCUCCGUAUGAAGACUCGUGGGGAUCCGGUAAAGUUAUAACGCUAUCAAGGGUAAUUUUGAAAAGUGCAACGAAUCCUAAGUCUAAAACAGAGGCAGUUAUUGGAACAGACUUCUCCAUUUAUCAUUUUCACCAACUGUUAAAAGAUAAAUAUCCAAUAUGUGCCAACAAAACAUUGUAUAGCUGUAUAGUGAUAGACAAUAGUGGAUUCCUUGUUAUGCACCCUUUUUACAUUGAGACCACGUCUCCAGUUAAAAAUCGAAUCCAUAUCUCCUACAUGGAGGGCAGAAUAUCUCGUUCUCUGAUAUCAACUGGUAUCAUGUACCGUCAACCUUGCAGAGACACAGAAAACAAAAAGGAACAGUUCACAUACAGGGUCAAAUUACUACGGUCACAGCUGAGUGGUUUGGUAGAUCCCAUUGAAAAAUACGAAAUACGCCCAGUCCCUGGAUCGAAUGUUUUCUUGAUACUUAAAGAAAUAGUAUCCAAUGAUGACUCAUCAACAUGCUGUUCUACGCCGAGUUCCUCUUCUCCCAGUUCUGUACAAUGCGGAGAAGACACCUGUUCAUGUCUUUGCUACAAGACCAUAGAUUUCAACGAAUGUGAAAAUAAAUAUGAAAACAUGGAAGGAAUAGAUCCUUGUAAUCCAAAGCUACCAACUCUUGAGUCUGUUAGUGUACCCGAAGAAGAAAAAACUAGAAAUCUGGAAACCUGUUUUCCGACCAGUUGCCCUUGUCGAAAAACAGAAAGUGAAUGCUUCCGUACCUCUGGUUGUUCUUGGUGCACAAGUUCAAUAGACGGAGCUUUGGUUAAAGGGUUUUGUGACUUGAAGGAAACCUGUCCCUCCAAGCAGUGUCUCAAAAAAGAGUGUGGUCCAAAAUGUUGUGGACCUCAGUGCAAGGGACCACCAGAACCCGAGGGCCAAACGAUGCUGUAUGUUGGUUCGUCUGUAGGUGCCGUACUUGUCAUCGUCAUCAUUAUUUCCAUCGUUGUAAUAGUCGUAAAAUGUAGGCGAAGACAAAAUCAUGGACACGAUGGGACAUAUAUUGAACCAACCCACGUACAUGGAAGCAGAUCGGUUUGUUCCUCUAAUGAAUCUGUAGAUUAUGAACACUCACACAAUUUUUAUGUCACUAGACAAUUCAGUGAAACUUCAGAGGAAAACCAUAGUGAGCCAGAAACCUAACGGAAAAUUAAGAAAUUUGAAUGUAUGACUAGUUUAUUACAAGGUUUUUACAUAAGUAUACUGUAGUUGAGAUUAAUUUUGCUUUGAAUAUAACAUUCUCAAAUAGAAUAUGAUUUUAUAUAUAUGUAUGGUAAUUUAUAAUACAAUAAGAAAUGUCAAAAAUUUUUAUCGUU